AUGCCUCAUGUUACCACCCGAACACUCAGGAUGCCCCAGGGUGGGCAUCCCACAAAUCUGCCUGCAGACAAGUGUGUCUCUUCAAGUGUCACUCAAGUAAUAGUGAAGACAGCAGGCAAGCAGCAAUCGUUUAUGGUAGCAGAUGACAUCUCAGUGAAGCAGUUCAAGGAGAAGCUAUCAGCUCAUUUCAAAUGCCAAAUGGACCAGUUAGUGCUGGUCUUCAUGGGUUGCCUCCUCAGAGACCAUGACACACUGAACCAGAGGGGCAUCCUAGAUGGCCACACCAUCCACCUAGUCAUCAGAUCCAAGCAUAGGUCCCAACCCCUAACCCAUUCCUCCCGGAACAUGCCAACCAGUGAGCACUGCGACAGGGAUGGGAACACCCAAGUAAAGAGCAGUGGGGUUCAUCAGGCUGCUAGCAUAAGUCAGACCCCGGUGGAAUCACCAUUCUUUGUGGAGCCUGAGAUGCCUGAGGUGAAUACCCAGAAUGUGGAAGCAGGCAGUCCUGGGCACGUGGCACCAAUGCUCGAUGAUCCUAGCAUCCAGCGGCUUCUGUCCAACACGGAUCUCAUGAGACAGUUCAUUUCAGAACAUCCAGAGAUACAACAACUGAUGCAGCAGAACCCAGAGGUCUCACACAUCUUUGACAAUUAUGAUAUACUAUGGCAGACUCUGGAGCUGGCCAGAAACCUUGCCAUAAUCCAAGAGAUAAUGCAGAUCCAACAACCUGCACAGAAUCUUGAGCAUCCACAGAAUCAACAGCCAUAUCUGGGCUUAGAGACAACUCCAGGUGUGGACAAUGCCUUGGGUCAAAGCUGUGCUGAUUUCAAUGACCAAACGCCCAACAACUUGCAAGAUAUCUCUGGGGGAAACCUUUUUACAGCUCUUCUGUCAGGACAAGAGCCAGAACAAGUCCAGUCUUCACCCUCACCACCACCACCACCACCACCACCAUUCCAGGAACAGCAGGACCAACUCCCACAAUUCCCUACAACCCGAGUCAUUUACAGCAGUUCAUGUGGUUUAUCUUCAGCCAAUGCUACCUCCAGCAGGGUGAACAAUACUACCAGGGUCAGUGCUGCUACCAUCUCUACCAAGAACCAAAGUCAUAUGUGUGCCAUUCAGCAGCCAAUUGGGGUGCCAGCGCUACCCAGCAUAGAGCCCACCCAGAAGCACCAGGCAGAAGGUAAGGAUGACAUCUAUCUCAGUGACUCUGACCAGAGACUGGAGGAUGAUCUAAAGCUGUUGGAUGAGCAGACCAGCUCUCAGAUUACCAGAAGCAUGAUGCAGCUACUUAUAAACAACCCCUGCCUGGCAGCCCAAAUGAUGUUGUUCAUGAGUAUGCCCCUGCUGAGUGAACAAUGGAGGCAACAGAUGCCCACAUUCCUGCUGCAGACACAGUUUUCUGACUUGCUGGUAUCCCUUGCCAACCCUAAAGCAUCACAGGCAAUACUGCAGAUUGAGCAGGGUCUCCAGCUUUUGGCCACAGAGGCUCCUGUUCUUCUGCCCUGGGUUGCACCCUACCUAUGGGGCAUGGGUUGGCUUCCUGCCCCCAGCUGUAGAUAUCCUGACAUGGCUCCCUGGACUUUGGAUGCGCCAGACAUGGCUGAUCCCCAAGGGCCUGAGGGUUGCCACAAGUCUGGAGCAGUCCUGCAGAGGCUACAGUCCCUAGCUAAAGACCCCUCUCACUCUCUAUAAGCCCCUGAGAUUCACUUCAGCAAGCAGAUGGAAUCUCUCUAUGCCAUGGGCUUUGGGGACCAUCAUGCCAAUCUGCAAGCACUCAUUGCCACUGAGGGAGGUAACAGUGCUGCUAUCCACAAACUCAAGAAAUCACAGGAAUUCUAA